ACGUCACUUAUACCAAGUUUUCUUAUGAUAUAUUUGUCGUUAUGGAUCUUGUUGGAAAUUGUUAUUGAUAUUUUCGAUCUGUUUAGUUUCUAAAACUUUGUUUUUAAUUUUUUGUGCUUGUAAUACAAGUUAUCAAAAUGGCAGACACAGACCAGGCCGUAUUACUUAACAUCAGCGACAUGAUCGACUUGGCUAUUGGCACUCCAGAGGUGGGAGUGGUGGACUUCAAUAUGCUGCAAACAGUGCUCCACUGCCUGGCCCAGCAGCUGCGAGUGCUGGGCAAGAAUGUGGAGCUUCGAGGAAGUGUCGCCAACCUGCCCCUCAACCGGGACAACGUCCAGACCAUAGCCAUUGCUGAAUACGUCGUUGACACCGAGGGAACUGAUACAAAAUCGAAAAAAAUUGAAACUAAAGGAGCUGCUCCUACACCGCCGCCGGAAGAGCCACCAACGAUGUUAGUUGUUGAGCGAGUAAGAAAAUCUGAUACUCCAUUGUCGGUGGUACAGAGUCCACCUCGCGCCACUUCCCCUGCCCCACAAUCCGAACCAGCUCAAAUCCAAAAGAUUCCCUCCGCUGAGAAGCUGUCUCUAGUCACCAUCAGCAAGUUUAACGUACUGCAAAGUACUGUGGAUGACCUCAAAAACCGCGUGUAUUCGAGCAUUCCGAAGAAUGAGGAGAUUCUGCAAGAAGUCAGAUCCCAGACGAAUCUAAAGGCAAUACAGGACAUGUGGACAUCCCUGAACGUAUCCUCACGGCUGGAAGCUGCUGAAGCUGGCAUUAACAAACUGAGUUCUCUGGUGCAGGACCUCAUCGGGGAGACGACUCAACUCCAGGACGCCAUGAAAAGACGUGGCAGCCAACUGCCUCCACCUGCGGCUGCGCCAGCAGCACCUGCCCCGCCACCCCCUGCAGCUCCCGCUCCCGCUCCCGCCCCCGCCCCCGCUCCUGCGCCCGCGUCUACUGCUCCCAUGCAAUUCCCACCUCCAGAAGUCUCUAAACAAGAUAUAGCAAGCGUGCAAGCUGUACUGGACCGACUGAGGGGUGACCUGGACAACUUAACCAAUACGUUCUACACGACGAUUGAGGAUAUUCAAGCUGGAUUACUAGCCCAGCCACCACCACCGCCAGCUGCGCCGGCACAGCCAGGGUCGCCGGCUCCUCCGGCACCACCGCCCCCGGCACCAGUAGUGCGCCCACUGCCGCGGCAAUCUUUCUCACAAAUGACAUCCGGGCUUAUGGAGAAGAUAAACGAAUUGGAGAAGAAGAUGAAUAAGUGCUGUGACAAUAUCAGCAAGAACGAGGGCGUGGUGAAAGACCAGCUUCACUCGUUCCAGGACCAGAUAGAGUAUUUGCUAAAGCAAGUGGCUGCUCUCACACAGGAGCUAGCAAGCGGAAAAUUAUCUCCCGACUUACUCAAAGACUUGCAAGGACUGAUGGCUCUCUUCCAAACGGUACAAGACAUGCAAGAGCACCUGAAACAGGUACACGAGACUGCGCUUCAACUGGCAGCCGAGAAAGAGGAGAGGCAAGGGAAUAUGAAUGCACUAUUGGAACAAAUCGAGUUGCUGAAGACCAUAAAGAUGGACCGCGAGGACAUGGAAGAGGCCAUGGCUGAGAAGGCUGACAUGCGUCUGCUGGCGCGCAAGGUCUCCCACGACCAGUUCGAGCUGGCUUGCGACGACCUGUCGAGGGGAUUGGAGCAUGCUCUUGGAAAGCUUAACAUGCAGGAGGCACUAUGGCAACAAGCCCUGGACGACAUACAACGCGAGAUCGAAACGAAACUGGACAAGGUGGAGUUGUCUCCGGUGAGGGACUUCUUCAACAACAAGCUGAAGCAGCUGCAGGAGAACCUCAAGCAAAUGGCUUCGUUAAGGCGCGAGGCCGAGGCCGCGGGAACCAAGAGGAAAUUGCUCAGGGAUGUAAAUUGUAUUUCGUGCGACGCGCGCGCCGUUAUGCCGAUGGAGAACACUAGCAUGCCAACAAGCAAGCCCCUGCAAGCCUCCUUCUCUAUGAAGCCCUACCUUAGCUACGAAUUAGAUGCUAUCCGCAAGGCUCAAGCGAGCAACGUUCCACAGCGAAAUAUGCACGACUGGGAGAACAUCGACAAGCAGAUGGCCAAACCACCGCCAAAAGCCAAAUCGGAAUCUGACAAGCCUGAUAAGCACAUCUGUAACCGCUACUGUGGCGGGUCUCACACGACGACGACGCCGGCGCAGAGAGUGGCUCGCCUCGGACACUUCAUCAAGCAGUGGGGACCGGACGUUCUGCCGCUGUCUUCAGGACUGGCUGCGGGGGAUGACGGCAAGAUGUACAGAGUGACCACAACGGAAGCUGCAAAUGUCGGUCCAGGUGGUGCUGUGGAUCAAACAUGUACACCGAAGCCACCGAGGAAAUCUGACACACCUAGGCCGGCCCAGAAACCUAUGGUCAUCAGUGCGGAAUGUCGCUGUUUAGAAGGAGAUCGUCCAAAAUGAAAUCAUUCCUGGUUUAUACAAUAAUUUAUUUGUUCUCCACCAAUAUAUGUUGUAUCUAUUCUGUUGUUCUGUUUUAACUUAUAAAUAAAAAGAUGGUAAUUUCGAA